AUGGGUUUUCUGGUGGAUUCGCAAAACGAUGGCGGACCCGGGUUCUGGGGAGGUUGCGUGAGGACUCUGAUAAGGAGGAAGCAGGUUGAUUCCGCUGACGGCAAUGUUCACGGCCACGGUGGUCACCACCAGUUGGCCAAGGAGCUCUCCGUUCUUCAUCUCAUUGCCAUUGGCGUUGGCUCGACGAUUGGAGCUGGAGUUUAUAUUCUCGUAGGGACUGUUGCUAGGGAGCACUCUGGGCCAGCACUUGCCAUAUCUUUUCUGUUCGCUGGAUUUGCUGCCGCUUUAUCAGCCUUCUGCUAUGCAGAACUUGCGAGUCGCUGCCCAUCUGCUGGCAGUGCCUAUCACUACUCGUACAUUUGUGUUGGAGAAGGAGUUGCUUGGUUGGUUGGCUGGGCUCUGAUUCUGGAAUAUACAAUUGGCGGGUCAGCAGUUGCUCGUGGCAUUUCCCCCAAUCUGGCAUUGCUUUUUGGAGGCGAAGGCAGUCUUCCAUUUUUCCUGGCACGUCAAGCGAUCCCGGGGCUUGGUAUUGUGGUGGAUCCAUGUGCUGCAAUUCUUGUGUUUGUUGUCACUGGGCUCUUGUGUGUGGGAAUCAAGGAGAGUACUAUGGUACAAAGCAUAGUGACCAUAGUGAACGUUUGUGCCAUGUUGUUCGUCAUAAUAGCUGGAACUUAUUUGGGCUUCAAGACUGGCUGGCCCGGAUAUGAGCUUCCUACUGGGUACUUCCCCUUUGGUGUAGAUGGCAUGCUUGCAGGUUCUGCCACUGUCUUCUUUGCUUACAUCGGUUUUGAUUCAGUUGCCAGCACAGCUGAAGAGGUGAAGAAUCCUCAACGUGAUUUGCCGAUGGGAAUAGGGUUUGCAUUGUCCAUCUGUUGUUCCCUCUAUAUGCUGGUGUCAAUUGUUGUCGUUGGUUUGGUGCCCUACUAUGCAAUGGAUCCCGAUACUCCAAUCUCAUCUGCAUUUGCUGCUCAUGGGAUGCAAUGGGCAGCUUACAUCAUAACAGCUGGAGCUGUCAUGGCACUGUGCUCCACAUUGAUGGGGUCAAUUCUACCUCAGCCUCGCAUCUUAAUGGCUAUGGCUAGAGAUGGAUUGCUGCCAUCAUUUUUCUCAGAUGUCAAUAAAAAAAGUCAAGUUCCUGUGAAGAGCACUGUGGUGACUGGACUCUGUGCCGCCACCCUUGCAUUCUGUAUGGAUGUUGAUCAAUUGGCAGGCAUGGUCAGUGUGGGGACACUGCUUGCAUUCACUAUGGUUGCUAUUUCUGUCCUAAUACUCAGAUAUGUACCGCCGGAUGAGGUGCCUGUUCCAUCCUCACUUCAGGACACAAUAGAUAGUGUGUCAUUGCAUUACAACAGAAUUAGUGAGGGUUCUAGUAAGAAUAAGUCAAAGUCUCAUGCUGGCACUUCCAAGGAUUCUAAACAGCCUUUGCUUGUUGGAAAGAAUUCAUCAGCAGACUAUCCUGACCUUGUCAAAGAGGACCCUUCAGUUAAAUAUGUGUUGAAUGAAGAGAAAAGGCGGAAAAUUGCUGGCUGGACCAUAGCAUUAACAUGCGUUGGGGCAUUCACGCUAACAUACGCAGCUUCGAGUUUGGCUAUCCAGUGGCUCGUUCGGUAUUGCUUGUGUGGAUUCGGUGGAGCUCUUCUCCUGACUGGCUUGGUUGUGCUGACAUGUAUAGAGCAAGAUGAAGCAAGGCACAACUUUGGACAUUCUGGAGGUUUCACAUGCCCGUUUGUUCCUCUCCUCCCUAUCUUUUGCAUUCUGAUCAAUAUCUACCUGCUCGUCAAUCUUGGUGGUGCCACGUGGGCUCGUGUCUCUGUAUGGCUGGCGAUUGGUGUCGUUGUGUAUUUGUUCUAUGGCAGAAAACACAGCUCGUUAAUGGAUGCAGUAUAUGUGCCAGUGGCUCAUGCUGGAGAGAUAUAUGGAAGAAGAAGCUCUGGAGAUACUUUGGCUUGA